GUCAAACAGACCACAUCUCUAAACCUGAACAAGUUCUGACGUCUCUCUCUCUCUCUCUCAAUAAAAUCUCGUGAAGCCCUAAUUCGCUACUCUGUCUCCCCCACACUCCGGAAUAGGGCAAAACGAGAAGGCAACCCAACCAUGGUGUUCUACUUCAAAGCCCGCUCAGAGAUCGGCGAUUACACCAUCUUCAUGGGCCUCGACAAGUUCGAGAACGAGGAGCUCAUCAAAUACGGCUUCCCCGAAGACAUUUGGUUCCAUGUGGAUAAAAUGUCUUCAGCCCAUGUUUAUGUGAGACUGCACAGAGGUCAGACUAUUGAUGGUAUAAGUGAAGGGUUACUGGAGGAUUGUGCUCAGCUUGUCAAAGCAAAUUCCAUCCAAGGCAACAAGGUCAACAAUAUUGAUGUUGUUUACACUCCCUGGUCCAAUUUGAAGAAAACUGCUUCCAUGGAUGUUGGUCAAGUUGGUUUUCACAAUCCAAAAAUGGUGCGGACUGUGAGAGUGGAGAAGCGGAUUAAUGAGGUAGUGAAUAGGUUGAACAGGACAAAAGUGGAAAGGAAACCUGAUUUGAAAGCCGAGCGGGAAGCGGUUAGUGCAGCAGAAAGAGCGGAAAGGAAACUACAGCUGAGAGACAAAAAACGACGGGAGGAGAUGGAAAGGCUCGAAAAGGAGAGACAAGCAGAGCUAAGGAGCUACAAGGGUUUGAUGGUCUCUGAAAACAUGACAUCCAAUAAACAGAUUGGAGCCACAAGCAAGUCCUUGCAGGAACUGGAAGAAGAUUUUAUGUGAGCUCAUAAUUUGUUUAAAUGUUUAGUAGAUGUCUAGUAGCUGCCAAAGUUAAUGUGGGUUAGUCAUUCAGGCGUCAACUUAUUUCCCCUGUGAUUGAAUAACUCUGAUUCCCAAGUCUGUUUUCCUGUGGAUGUUAAUAAGAGAUAGCAUCUUCAAUGUUAACAGAGGUGGGGGGAAGGGGAAAGAAGGGAGAAGGCCUACGGGGGGGAGGGGGUGGGGGAAUCUCCUUUUACUUUCCAUAUGUAUAAUUGGAUGAUGAUGAUGAUAAACUAAUUUGCAUCUGCAUUGGGAUAAUGGGUGAUAAACCUGUGCUUUUGCUGUCAACGUUAAAAGCCAAAAAAAAAAAAAAGACUUGCUAUAUACACACAUAUAUAUAUUUCUAGUUUGUUUUGAGUUUUCA